AAAAUUUAUUUUGAUAAAGUCUCAGUGCUAUAGAGUAAUAUUUAUUGAUAACGUUUCAAGCACAGUUUAUUGCUCAUAAACAUAUCCAAUCACCUUGUUAUAAUUAUGAGCAAUAAACUGUGCUCGAAACAUCAUCAGUAAAUAUAGCUGUAUAACAUUGAGACUUUAUCAAAGUAAAUUUCACCCACAUUGGGAUCAUACCCUACCACAGAGCACAAGUUCUAUUCUUAUAUCAAUUAUUACAGAUUGUUAGUUCUCAUACUUAUUUGACUAAGGAAUGCAAAGCCUACCCUCGAAGCAUAAGCAAUGCAUAGGUGCUUCUUAUUGCCACUUAAUUCUGUUUGACCACAUCUUUUAAAAUCAGCCUCCACAAGUUUUUAUAUGCCAUAAUCGUACUAACUGGUUUCAUGUCUAUUGAUGAGGCAAUAAUAAGAUGAAGUGGGUGGCAAAUCAGUAGGAUUCUCACUCUUUUGUGAACCAUGUCAAAAUGUUUAGUUUGCAUCAACUGCUCACAUCCGAUUCAAGUAAAGGUAUGUCACAGUGAAUAGGAGAAUGAAGUUGCAUGCAGUCAUACUCUAGCUGAUGUUGGGAUUGAGAUCAGUUAAAAUACGUUAAGCAGCUUAUUUUGCAGCUUCUAAACAGAAAAACACGUAACUUUACUCAUUGUAUAGAGUUUCUACGGUGUUAUGGAUAUUAUUUUUCUAGAUAUAAUUGUAAGCCUUGAAAAUACUGCACGUACUUUUCAGUGCAACAUAAUCACAAGUAGGACUAAUUUAUGCUGGUAUAAAGUGCAUGUUAUUCCGUGGUUUUUACAGCACCAUUCAUUCAUAACUUUUACUUUUCUUCUCUUCACUACAUUUUUAUUUGUAACAGUCAUCAAUUAGCGCUUUAUUAUUGUUUAUAUGAAAUCAUAUUUCCACCUUCCUGUUUUACGUUAAUUUUCAGCUUCUAUUUGUUGUUUUUAGAAAGUAGUAACAUACGAGGGCUGGUAAUACUAACCAAUUACCUAGGCCGGAGAUAGGUAAAGUGCAAUCCGAACUUAGGACUUAUUGACUAGAAGUCGAAUAUUUUUUAGGCAAUGAGCCACAUCUCUGUUUUAAUCUCAUUGAAAUAAUUGGUGCAGGUAGCGUUUUAAGUCUGUUUGGUUCAAAAAAAGAAUGUUUUGGUACUACAAAGAAAGGAAAAGAAUUGUUACCUUUUCCACAUUUCGUAUAACUUUAAACUCGAGCUGACCAAGCGAUAAAUUAUUUCUACUGGUUGCUUUGUUUUCCUGUGUUGUAUUGUUACGAGGAAAGAAAUUAAUUUUCCGUGUUCUGUUAGUAACAGUAGAAGCACUAAUAAUAAUAAUAAUAAAGUGUAGUAAGCAAAAUGUAAAUCUGACAUGUGAUGUCAAUAAAUGUCUAUUGAUGUAUCUAUUUUAACAAGGUGAAUACGCAACAAAAUAUUUUCAAUUAUGAAAUAAAGUCUUCAAUCAGUCAUUAUAUCAUGCAUCCAAAUAUUGAACGUACGUCAGCAUCAGGGCAUAAAGACGAUAAAAACGCUGUGACACAUACACUUAUUGAAGAAGUUGAUGGCUUGGAAUUGGCACGCCUAGCUAGAAGACUAUGGGAUCAAAGUAGACAUCGAUAUAGCAGAUCUAGCCAGGCAAAUGAAAAAGUCACAAAUACAGUAAAUUCAAAGUCAGCGUCGUUUGUUCGCCCUACUAUUUUGAGUCUUCGUUCUACUCCUCAAACAGUUCUACCCUCUGUACCGAAAACCGAAGCACCAAAAACCAUUUAUUUUGAAUCACCGGAUAUGGACUCAGCAUUCGAUCUUGCUUGGGAUCAUGAAAUGGAUUUAGAUAUGUCAAAUGCAGAAACUAGAAGAUCACUUGGCAAAAACACCGCUCAACGUGCUAUUCCACGUGACUUCAAUAAUGACGAGACAUCUUCCAAUAGUUUCAUUACUCGUAAUCCAUUCGAUGAACGAAGAAGAAGACCACUUGCAACAGCUUCUACGCAAAAUGCAAGCUAUAGUCAAACUCAGUCAGUUGCUAUUCUCCCUGUACGAAAUGAUGGUUAUAAUCCUAUUGUAGACAGCAGGUGGAUACCAAGUGACAAACUACCCGGCGGUGGUAAUACACGUAGCUCUGUAAAGAAACCGCUGUCAUCAGAAACAGCUAUCCCGUGUUCAGACUUGAUUUUAUCACCUACAUACAAUACCAUUAAUACUGACAACAGUCAGACUAUCGGUAAAAAUACAUCGAAACUUUUAUUCUCAGAUAAUUUAGUUGACUCUGGCUUUGUUGGUGGAGGCAAUAGCACCAUAAUAAGCAGUUUCUCUGAUUUCGAUGAUAUUGCUGAUGAUGAUGUCGUUGAUACAGAGAAACAGGGAUCAUUGGGUACCUUACCCAUAGAUCACUCUUCAGAGCAUUUAAGUGAUUUUCUCUGGGAACAUGAAUUAUUUAGCCCUCAGACAUUCAAACCUAAAAGUAUUCAUUGCCCAACAAAUGUACAUUAGUUUCGAUUGAAAAAAAAUGACAAUUUUCUUGCUUAUUUUCACAAAGAGUAUUAUAACAGAUGAAAAUAACCUAUAUCAAGUUCUAUGCAAUAUUUAUGGUAAAUUCUUUAUGCAUUAACUAUCACAGACACACAUUGUAAAGAUUAAUAUUCACUCCGGAUACUUAUCUUUUACUCUCUGAUUGUUCACAUUUUUAGUCAACCGGUAAUUCUCUUUUGUAAUCCUGUUUUUAGGCUUUCGUUUACUACCAGUCAACAAUGUUUUCAAUUAGAUUUUAUCAUCACUAUUUUGCCUUCACGUGGUGACGCACCUCUUGCAUUUAAUAAAUUGACUUGUGUUUCUUUCUUCUUUUUUUUCUUGUUCGCUAACCUGCAUUUCCAUCGUUAUUUUUUCUAUUCGCUUCCAUGCCUUUUCUUGUCUUCCCUUCUCCUUUUGUUUUUCCUAUUAAUUUUAGUUCGUUAACAAUUCUCUUCCCAUUGAGAUUAAUUUAUCUUCGAAUUGAUUAACUUGUGAGUUUUUUUUAAAUUCUCCCAUUUACCUUUUCAUCUAUUCGUGUAUUUUCUUCUCCAUAGAAAAAAAAAUGAUUCAACGAAACUCUUUCUGUGGUGGUAGUAGGCUAAUCAGUGAUAUUUGUUUGUUAUCCUAUGUCGUUCUAGCAUUCAUUAGUUCAUUAUCCCCCCUACCCUUUUUCCACUGCUUUAUGUGUUGUUCUAAGUGUUAAUACCUCGCAUUAACCGUGCGUAUGCAAGCAAUUACAUAAUUCAUGUACUAGGUGAUAAGAAAGUUACUGAACGAAAUCUCUCUUUUUUUUCUGUUCUUCUGAUUUUAUUCCCUUUAUGGUUAAUUUUCUUUGCUUUCUUUCUGCACCAGAAAAUUAGACAAGGAAAGCUUUUUAAAAAUCUAAUUAAAUAAAUACAGAAUCUUUUCUAACAAAAUGCAAUUGAUUUAUAAUUUCCUUGAUUACAUGUGCACACAUAGACGAAAGCAAACAGUAAACACAUGCAUAUAUGUAUAUUCUUAUUAACCCAAAGUCUGCAUACUCGUGAUCUGGUCUCUUGUUUUACCUUUAAUUAUUACUCUCUCUUUUUUUUCUUCCUUUACGUUAAAAGAUGAGUACACAUGAAGUCCUGUUGCUAAUCUUAUUGUUGUGUUUAAUUGUGUUUCACUCAUGUUAAGUAGUUUGAUUCUGCUCUUAUGAAUAAAUUGAUAUACAUAUAUAUAUAUAUAUAUAUAUAUAUAUAUAUAUGGCUAGUUCGAAUUCCUAUUGCUGAUGUGUCUGAGUUAUGCAGACAAUUAAACAAGUCUUUACUAUAUGCCAUCCCCUCCUUCUAGUUUCAAAACUUUUGUAUGUUAACUUUUUUUGUCGUGUUGCUGUGAUGUGUAGUUAUCUUUAGGUGAUCGGGAAAUUGCGUGUAUUUGUUGUGUAGGGUUUUCAUGUGCAACAGUUGUUGCGUGCUGCAAAUUAAAAAUAACUUUCAAAGAAAAGUAUGCUCUAUAGUUAAUUGUAACUUAGUCUGCAACAUGUUAGUAACCCUCACCUAGUUUGGCUUCUGAUAUUUGUUCAAUUAUAUUCACAAUAAGUUGUGACAACGUGGAAAAGAACACAGUUUGGACAAGUCUUUUCUUUGCUUAUUUUAAAUCUUAAUAUAUUUUUUAUCUAUGUUGUUUUUGCAUUCAAUAUUGUAUAUUUCUACCAGAGGAAUCUUUGUGUGCCAUUGUGUUGGGCUUAAAACCUUGAAUUACAGUGGAUUAUUGAGUUGUGAAAUUGUUUGAAAACAUGUUUACAGCCUCUUACAUCGCCUAUCUAUGAACAAUAUUAUUGAUGAAAGAGGUAACACACUUUAUCACUGUACGAAUUCAGAGGAUGAAUAAACUGUUUUCCGUUUGAUUCCCCAUUUUGAAACUCCGUUUACACAACAGUUAUAUCCGAAAAUUUGUAUACACAAAUAUAAUUUUCAUCAACUUCUAUAAAUGUUUGAGUUCAUUGCAUUAAAUACAGAUAAACAGUG